GAAUGAAGGGGUUUAACAAGGGCUUUAUAAGUCCACCCAGAUGAACACUACGAAGUGAUUGCUGUUCCACAGAGAAAUCGGAAACUUGAAAAUGGCGACGACCAUUUGGAGAACCAAUUCAGCAAGAAACGCAGUUCGCUAUUUCACUCAGCUGAGCCGCCAGUCCCAUCUCACUCAUCGCACAGCUUCUUCCCCUUCUCUUCCCUCUCGAUUCUCCUCCCUCCGCCACUUCCGAUCUAGUCGCGAUCCUAUCUCUAGGAAUUAUGAGAUUAUUCCUCCGAUGAAUUGGGGGAUUCGCGUUGUGCCGGAGAAGAAAGCCUUUGUGAUAGAGAGAUUUGGAAAGUACGUUAAGACACUUCCCUCUGGAAUUCAUUUCUUGAAUAUCACUAAAGAUAAUGUCACUAUCCUCAUUGAUGGUGUUCUCUACAUCAAGAUUGUGGAUCCUAAGCUAGCUUCUUAUGGAGUAGAGAAUCCCAUUUAUGCUGUCAUUCAGCUGGCACAAACGACGAUGCGUAGUGAGCUUGGUAAGAUUACCCUUGACAAGACAUUCGAGGAAAGGGACACGCUGAAUAAGAAGAUUGUGGAGGCCAUUAGUGUGGCUGCUGAAAGCUGGGGGCUGGAAUGCCUUCGAUAUGAAAUACGGGAUAUCUCUCCUCCACGUGGAGUGAGAGCCGCUAUGGAGAUGCAAGCAGAGGCAGAGCGGAAAAAGAGAGCUCAAAUUCUUGAGUCUGAAGGAGUGAGACAGGCCAACAUCAACAUUGCUGAUGGUAAGAAGAGUGCAGUGAUCCUAGCAUCAGAAGCUGGGAAGAUGGAUCAAGUCAAUAGAGCUAAAGGUGAGGCUGAAGCUAUCCUUCUUGUGUCAAAAGCCCUGAAAGAAAUUGGAGGAGCAGAGGCAGCAAGUUUAAGGGUUGCAGAGCAAUAUAUUCAUGCUUUCAGUAACAUAGCCAAGGAGGGAACGACAAUGUUGCUUCCUAGCUCUGCAUCCAAUCCUGCUAACAUGAUGGCUCAGGCCCUUACUAUGUAUAAAAGCCUGCUUGGUAAUGUUUCCGGAAACAAAUCUUCAUCAACGUCAGGGCAGUUGGAAGGAAAUGAUUCCUCUGGCGAGGGUAACGAUGAAGGUACUGCAACUAAUACUUCAGCUCUGGAAAUCCCAGAUCAUCAUGAAAAAACAGGGUUUUCACUUCAGAGACCCAAAAGAAGGGAAUAGUCUUUGAUUUUGCAAAACUUUGCCAUUCUAGUGAUUUGAUUUGAUUUUAGAGAGGGAAGCUGAAGUUUGUUUGGACUUCUGUUGCUAGUUGCUUAGCAUUGAUCACAGGAUACACAGAGAAUUUAUGACCAUAUAUUCGAAAUCUCUUUUCUUCCUAACGGGCAAAUAUGGCAAGAGAAGAGGAGCAAUUCUUCUGUCUAUCAUGUAUAUUCAUAUACUGCUACUCCUUGUUUACUUCCUUAAAUAAUUCUUGCCUGCACCAUUGUUACAUAGCUUCAUUUGAAGUUAUUUAAUUUUUCAAAAGGUGGGGCUUGAUUAUAUUUUAACUAAUACAUAGGAGGUGCUGUAAUACCCCGAUUCUCCACA